AUGCGGUGGGGAGUGUGGGCGCUGGUCUGGCUGCUCUGCCUGGUCGAAUUUUCGGCCGCCGGCUGCUUCCAACGACGGCUCUGUUGCCGCGGCCGCAACAACACGUGCAAAGUCCUUUUUUCUCAUAAAAUUAUCACACUCAAAAGUUUAGUAUUGAUUUCAAAACAUUUUGGAAAAUUUCAGGACAUAGACGAUGGAAUCGAACACGUGCCGACGGUCGCCACCUUUCACAAUGAGCAAAAGCAGACGUCGCAUAGGUUUUUCAGAAUUUUAUGACAAAAAGUGAAUAUUUGAAGAACGGGAGAGCGAGAAUAUCACACGCCGUACUACGAAUCUUCAGGCGACGGCUUCCAAAUGAUCUAUCCAGAUGUGAGAAAAAAAACUUUCCUCAAUAGUCCAUUCAUCGUGACUUGAAACUGUCUGAUAUGUCUGCGUCUCUUGUAUAUCAUUGGCUAGGUCAUAGAAAAGGGGAAAUAGCACGUAAAAAGGAGAGAUUCGACCAGGGAAAGAAAUCAUACUAUUCAAUCGUUCAAGAAAGAAAUAAUUUAAAACUUUUUUGUUUACUUUUCAGGAUCUUGAUGAUCGGAAAAACGAUGGUUAAAAAGCCUUUGACCUAUUAGCUUUUUCGCUUCAUGGCUAAAAUUAGAUAUGACUUCCCGGACCUUGGUAACGCGAACCGGACGUGUUGGGGCAUUUCUAGUGACCACUUAAGUAGCAUUAGCACUCCUAAGUGAACACUAGAAUCGUUCACAAACGUCCGGUUUUCGUUACCAAGAUCAGAGGUGUUCGUUUUCUUUAAUUCGACUUGUUCGCUCCAUGACUAAAAUCAGAUUUUGUGCUCAAACUGGUAAAGUUCGAAUGGAUUAUUUCGUUCCUGUAGCAAAAACUCCAACAAAAACAGCCGUUUUUUUAGAUUUAGAAAAAAAAUUGAUAGUUUAUGUCUACUUUUUCAUUUGAACUUCGGACCGAAACUUUUUAAGAAUGAUUUUUGAAGCAACGUAUCCGUAAUUCUUGACGACUUCAAAACUACGAUGAGCAUAACUUAUUUUUUUUUCCCAUUUUUCAGGUUUUCGAUGAUGAGCAUAACCAAAAGAUUGGAAAACUAGUUUUGCCGGAUAUCGUAGAAAUGGAAGGUUCCGGCGGCGAGGAUCUCUACAAUAGAUAUGGUUUCCCAAACUUUUCUGUCGGAUCGAUCGAAUCCUUGAUAAUUCAGGCCAUGAAGUCGUGACGCUGUCGACGCAGCUGCCGCCGACGACGCCAGCCCGACUUCUGAAGACGUUGAUUUUCGGAGAAAAGACGAAUCCGGACGAGGAGCCGGAGGAAAUCUCGCGGUACCUGUCCUACCAUCCGCGUCCCAAACAUCUCCUCAUCCGGUUUGCCGUUGAAACUAACAUUCUGUCGUUUUUUUUGAGAUUAUUUUUGGAAAAGGUUGGAUGAAAGGGAGACUUGAAAUUUAAAUUUUUUUGGAAAAAAAGUUAUUAAAAGUAUUUACAACAUGGGAUGGCUCGAUGCACAGGCGAAGUUUUUUCGAGAGGGGCUGACUUGAAACGACUUGCGCCCGGUAGCAUCAAAGCAUGCCGGCUGAAUCAUUAACUCGGCUAGAAAACGAAUUAAGACCGCAACGCGACCGCGAGGCUUCGAGCCAUUCCAACAGCGACAAAGAAGUUUCAAGUCAUGGGAAACUGAGCAUCAAGGCGUUUUUGUUUCAGGAGAUUCUUCUCAAAUUUUUCUUGCAGUUAUCGAAAUGUGUUAUGAAAGAAAAUUUCAGAGCAGUUUUUUUAAACUUUAAAAACUUUCGAACAGUUUCUCUUUUUUUCGUUUACAAAUUUUUUUCGAAACAGACUCUAACGUUUCGAUUUUUGGGUAAAAAUUUGGAAAAAUUUGAAAAAAUUGAUGUUCCAAUAUUUUUCUUUUUUAUAUCGCCAAACCUGCGAUUUCGUUCCAUUUGAGAGCUUGAAACAUAACUAAAAAAACAUAGAAGCAAAUCAAACUUUUUUCCCGUUUUCGGGUUUCUGUCAUCUUCGUGUAAUAUAUAAAAUGGUCCAGCUAGGCACGAAAAAUGAAAUUUUGGACUGGUUUUCAAUCAAUUUGAGCCUAAAAUCUCAUUCAUUACAAGAUUUUGAAUUGAUUAUUCAGACAAGGAAAAAAGUGAGUUUCGAAGUGUCCAUGUACUACUAUGGUUUUCUCGAUUUACUUAACAUGUUUUUUUAUUGAAGUUAUACUGUCCGUCCUGUUCAUUCAAAUGAUGUUUUUAAUAACAGUUCUGAGAAAUUAAAAUUUUCAUGUCCUAAUCAAUAUUUGGCUUUUUUCUAGCAUAAGAAGAGAAAAAGAGUAAUUAUUGUACGGAAGAGGGUUCAGGUACUCGAUUUUGUCGCAGCACCUGCCUCUGAGGAUCUCGACGACGCCAGACACGUCGAUGAUGUCGGAGGAGGACGAAUCGGAGCGCCCGACCCUGUACUACUUGGAGGCGGCCAAGGCCGAAUGCUACUGCGACGAGGCCUGCAUCGCCCUCGGCGACUGCUGCUCCGACUACACCUACGUCUGUCCUCGUAAGUUUCUUCUUCAUUCACUUGAAUUUGACUCGCGAGGUCAAAAUUUUUCAAAAAAUUGUUUAUUUAGCUCGAGAUUGUGUUGUUGGCGAUUGGGGAUCCUGGUCAGGAUGCUCGGCCGACCAAGGCUCCUGUGGAAUUGGAACUCAGAAGAGGUAUGGUAACCGUACCAUGAGAAUCAAAAUUAUUUUCUCAGAACCCGUUCCGAGGUGAUACCGCAGGAAAGAGGCGGCCUUUGCGUGUCCACCUCUUGCAGAGAUGCGGACUUGCUUCGUCGAAUGCCGGAAGCCGAAAUCAGCUCUGGAUGGUCUGUUUUGAAUAGGGAAUUGUUAGAUCAGAGUGAUUUUUGAAGAAUACUUUGUUCAUCAGAUAGAGCUAUUUUUCGUGGUUCUGCGUUAAAAGUUGCAGAAGUCUGUCAAGAAAAUAACUAGUUUUACAUUUCGUUCUUCUAAACAUCCAUUUAUUAAAAUAUUCACGAAAAGAAAAAAGUUUUGACCUAGUGUCGAGAACACCUUUUUCAAACGGUCUUCAUUUUUCCUGAUUGUUCGAACUUAUAAUAAGCGAACGCAAUUUUGAUAAUAGUUAUAAAAAAUGUAUUUUUCGAGAGAGUGAAGAUUUUUUGCUUUUUCUGCAGUUGUAAAAAGAGGCGUGGCUUCAACCUAGCUAUAUUAAAAAAUUCGAUUUUAUACAAAAAUCUCGAUUUACCAUCCAAGAUGAGGACAAUAAAAGAUUCUAUUCAAAACUUAGCAAUCAUAAAUCCUUCACAGACCUCUCUGAUGGGUUCUACUGCGAAACAAGUACAAAAAACUGCAAUUAGUCAACCUAUUCUCACUGUGAAUUGGGACCACUCCCUGAUGUUCCAGUUUUGUUCAAAAGCCUUUUCCAGACGUGACAACAGUAGCACUGCUCCUGGACUACAAGUACAACACGACGAGAUCAAAUCGAGGCAGGAAUAAUAUCUACUGGGACCUGCCUGAAGUCGCCGCCAAGUACCGACGAGCAUCAUAGUGAGCUUCAAGACUGAGAAAAUGAAAACAAGAGGAAAAUUUGAAGCUACUGCGUGCACUACAAGAUCUCUUGGGUCAACCGGAACUGCGUCUCGAGACUAAUCGCCAAGGGACUUUUGACCGGCAGUACAAUCUGCGCCGAGUGUCAGCCGGAAGCUCAGCUGCAUCGGAACAACGCCAGGUUGGUCCUGGAGAUGUUCAACUCCAUAAUCGUGGUGAACAGAUGCGCGUCGGACCUCGACGACGGCGACGAGGGAUUCUGGAAGCUGAUCGGCCCGCAGUCGUGCAACGGCAUCUGGACACGGAUAAACAGGACCGACGACUGUCAUUGUGCCGCAAAUUAUCCGGAAACACAUCCUUUCCUGCUAGUUUGA